GCCUUUUGCAUGACCCUACAGCGCAUGCGCAGAACCCUAGCGGCCAGAGUAACAAACAAUUCGUACGGCGUCGUCGACGACCCGGCCGUGUACCCCGCAGUCGUGUUGGAGGCGCGAGCAAUAACAAAAUCGCAGUUGAUAAAAAAAACAACAACAAGAAGGUCCUGUCAGCGCGAUGCCGUCAACAUGUGCUGCUUAUGGGUGUACUUCUCGAGGUGUGCCCGGCAGCAACAUCCAUUUCUUCCGCUUCCCAUCGGUGAAACGUGAUCGCCAGCGCCGUGAAGCAUGGAUCAGGGCUGUGAGGCGCCAAAAUGAAGACGGCAGCCCCUGGGAGCCUUCAGGUUCGGCAAGGCUGUGUGAAAAACACUUCGUGAAAGGAUCGCCAUCCAACUCGCCCAGGCACCCUGAUUACGUGCCUUCUCUGUUUGUUUACACCGAUGAGUUCAAGAAAAAGGACGCUUUUCAUCGCUAUGUACGCACGGCAGCGCGUAUGAAACAACACAGUGAGCACCGACGAGCUGUUUCAGAGAAGCAGGCAGACCUAAAACAGGACUCAAUGGCAAAUGAGACGUCUUCAAAGUGUGAUGAAGACUCUGUGGAGAUGGAACAGACGGACAUGUCAGAUUCCGAGAGCACAGCAGGUUUCACUACUUCAUCACAGGAGUGUGAAGGUGUAGCUGCAUUGCUGAUGCGUCGCACUACUGCCACAGCUAAGGAGCAACUAGAGAAUGUCAGCACAAGCAGUUUCAACGGCCUGCUAGCAGAACAUACUGCAAUGAAGAAGAGAAUUCAAGAGCUCGAAGUCAGAUGUAAAAGGCUGCAAUCGCAAAGCUUUUCUGUGGACACAAUUCAUAGUACCGCAUUUAAAUUUUACACUGGACUUACCAGCAAGCGCAGUUUGAUGCUUUGUAUGGACACCUCGAAGCGAAUGCCCAGAGAAUGGCGUACUGGGUUCCCCAAAAGAAUGAGCAGCAACAGCAAAUUGAAAAAGACAGGCAGCUUUCAAAGCGAGAAGAACUGUUCAUGGUUUUGUACAGGCUACGAACGGGAGUUUGUGCAAGGGAAGUAGCCAGGUUGUUUGGCAUAUCACAAUCUAGC